AUGCAGAGGCCCCUCGAGGGGCAGCCUGCGGCCCAGGGUUCCGCGGAACCGCUCGGCGGCGGCCUUAACGAACCCGAGAUCGGAGAUGACGAGGCCAUAUUGCGCACGGAGAACGCGCUGGUGGUGGUUCUGGACCUGACACCGGUGGCCUGGACGGGGUCGUUGGCGUCUGGCGAACCGCGGUUGCAGCUUUGCGGUUUAUACAGCCUUCUACACCGUUUCCUGAAGACAUUCGCGUACAUGUCAGCGCAGAGUCGCUGCUGCGUCAUCGGGGUGCAUAGCUCUGGAACUCGCAUUAUAUACGAGGGGGUGCUAUCGAACGAUUGGCUGUCGUCGUGUUUUGAAGGCGAUCAAUCGCAGGAUGAACGAGUGACUGCGUCGCUGCUGCAGGUCUGGAAUGCGAUGCUGGACUUCAUCGGCUCAUGGUCACCAUCGUCCGGCGACCCCCAACUAACAACUGCCUUAUCUAUGGGACUGUUGUAUCUUAAUCGGUUGCGGAUAACGGGGGCUGGAUACGGUCGCCGAAUAAUUAUCUUCGAUGUGUCGGGAGCGAAGGACUAUCGGGAGCAGUACAUACGGCUGAUGAACGUGGCUUUCACAGCCGCUAAGUCUUUUUGGUUCCUGCCUUCAGAGGCAGUUUCGGAGCAACUGUCAACGCAGCUGCCCUUCGACUUCAGCAACACGGCAGUUUGCUACUGCCAUUAUCGCACGGUGGACAUCGCGUUCCUCUGUCCAUGCUGCUUCGCGGGUAAGCUUGUCAGCAGCGCUCCUCACGGCUCGGUAGUGUACUGCUCGGAAAAGGACGAUAAGGGGAAGUACCGUAUCUUCUGCUUCGUUUGCAAUGAAUGGCAGCACGAGCCUCUUCCCGUACCACUUAGACUUCGCGAAGUAGUAGAAAAAGUCGGCGUACAGGGCCGUCUGGAUAAGGCCGGCGAUCCAGCAGACCUUGCAGACGUAAAGCGCGCGGUACAAACCCAUCGUCACCACGUAGUGGGAGGUGAUGUUCUCCACUUCCCGCUGCUGGUAGAGCAUGGUCAGCUGCGGCAAGAUCGCGACGCUCUCCAGCCAGAUGGAGUAGGUCCACAUGAUGUCGAGGAGACGGUACCUGUUCGUGGUGAAAAGCGCGAGCACGAACACAGGGCCAAGCAGGUACUUCUCGUAGGGGAAUCGAUCCAUCUUGCGGUUGUACGUCUGUGCGAUCGGCGCGGAGAAGCGGAUGAGGUAGACCGUGUAGGCCGUCGUGAAGAGGAACAACACCUUAAAUACGGUGUUGUACAGGCUGAUAUAGUAGAACAUGAGAUCCAGAUACCUGGUUGCGAACACGAUGAAGUAAAGCUCUUGCAUACGGCUAGAAAUACCGAGGCAGUUCUUGGAGAGCUUGAGCUUGAGGAUGAGAAUGAUCAGACUGGCCAAGUGGCACACGUCACCCGAGAGCCGAAAUACGUUCAUCGGCAUUGUCUCAGGUUUGAUCGCGGGAACGUGCUCAAAGAGGCUUGGCCGCUGCGCGGAGAAGGUCGGAAGGCGGCACUCGCGCUAAAGCCAAGUUCGCCUGUUUUAGAAUCCGAGGUUAGGCAUCAACGUAAGUAG